AUGGACGACAUUCAGAUCUUCAGCUACACCCCCAGGCCCAAACCGAAGCCAAAGCCCCUUCGCGCGACCCCCGAGGGAAAGGUUGGACCGGCCUCCCUCUCCUACGACAUCUUCCUGAACAUCGUCGACUUCCUCGUCGCCGAUGCUGCUCGCUGGACUUCUCAGUCCGCAGUCUGGAAGCUCGACUACAACCACGCCGCUGCCACAAAGCUCGUUAUCCAAGAGAAGGUCAUCGCCUUCACCAAGCCCGAGAAGUCACCUCAUCAAAUGGACCGCUACCACGACACCUUGCUCCCCUCGCAACUAAACCGUCAGACCCGCGUCAUGGUCGGCAAGGUCUUCCCUCGGAUCGCGAUGGUCGACGAACAUGGCAACGAGAUGCUGCUCAAGGCUUGGAUCAACCCGGCCAAUGAUUUCUUCAUUUUGGACAACCACUCAUCGAGCGCCCAAGGCAUGCACCUUAUGCAGGCCAUCAUGCUCCCUACCCCUCAAGGAGACAUCCUGACCGCAUCCAUCCGCCGCAUAUCCAUCUCCUCGGGUUCUGCCUUGCACAAAUUCGACGCCGACGCCGUCAAGAUUCUCGCCACUCUUCCGAACCUCGAAGAGAUGAGCAUGUGUAUGGGAGAAUUCUUUCCCGACUUCGGCCAGCGCAUCGUCCACAACGGCAUUCGCGCCAUCGAUCCAAAGACCUACGUGGAACUCGCCAAGUGGGCUCAGAAGCACGGAGCGGCCUUCGCCUCCGUGUAUGGCGCUCUGAAGAAACGAGGCAUCAGAUUCGUCGCGGGCAUCCUGGAGAGUACUGAUCCUUGGCUGGAGAUCCUCCAUACCGCCAAGGGCAUCCGCAUCAGGCACCUCAUGGCCAACUGCUCCUGCUGCAAGGCCGACAAGCUCUACUGA